UUCUCUACUGGAAGGCAGAUGCCUAAGGUGGGUUCUUUCCUUGAGCACUCAUCUACAAACACUGAAGACCAGGAGGGCGCUGAUAAACCCCUCCACAAUGACACCUCAAUGGACCCACCCUCGGUGGGAGGGUCUAACCCUGCAGAGAAGAACAGGAACUGCAUCAACUAUGAGUGGCAGCAGGCCCAAUCACGAACGUCUGGGACAGAAACCUCCUUCCCUACUCCUGUCUCUGAGUCCUGCAAUGCCACACAGCUUCCACCAGUGGGCAACAGUGUCCCUCCCUGUGCUCAGCUGACCCAGGAAGACCUGGAGAUACCAAAACUGGACCCAAGUGAAGUCCAGAGGAACUUGAGAGAGAGCUCUGAAGAGAGCCUGAUGGAGCUUUCGCAGAAGCAGUUCUGCUCUCCGGAAACAUCGACCUCACAUGGCGUAUUUUACCCCCUCAUGAAGAUGGUUUCUGAGGUUUCAGGGUCACAGGGUUCUGGUCGGCUUACUGACACCCCUAUAACCAUCCUACCUAAGCAGCAGAAUGUUCCUAAGAGGCCGAGUAGCCUAAGUCUCCAUGCUAAGCCUUCUGGGAAAAUACCCGCCUUGUCAUCUUCAUCACUGCGGAUGAAGUUUGGGAAACUCGGAAAGUCGAAUUUGAAGAAAGUCGAGAUGGGUGUGGCUAAAGCCAGUGCGGUCAGAGCGGCACAUGAGGCCAGGCCGAUUACUGUUGCCAACAACGAUGCUGCGGCAGCAGUGAGUAAAUAUGCGAACGGAGCAGCACCUGAGUCAGCAGGAAGUGCAGCCAAUGCCGCUGAUGUCCGUUGGAAGGGCGCCAUGAGUUCAGAGGACUUGACCUUUGGCCUCUUGAACACUAGCCCUGACGAGCAAGAACCUCUUCUGAGAAGAGAGGCGCAUCCUGACAAUGCGAACAACAACAACAGCAAUAACAACAAUGGCGAGGGAGAGGGUGAGGGAGACACUGAGGGUGGAGGAGAGGGAGGAGAGAACAGUGAGAAUGUUGGUCCAACUGGAGAUGCUCCAUCAGCUUCUACCGUGGAGCCUGUUGCGCUGCCCGGCCCGUGUCCUGCCCCAACCGUGGUUCCUCCACAGGCACAACCCCAAGCUCAGACACAAGGAGAGGCCCUGCUCAGACAGAACCGUGUGCGCAGACCUGAGAGACCCAACUCACUAGAUCUGUCCAUGACCACACUGCCAUUACUAGGCAAGUCUGCCGUUGACGUGACAGAGGGAUCAGGAGAUAAAAUCAAGAAGCGAGUGAAGACACCUUAUGCUCUGAAGAAGUGGCGUCCUGCCAGCUGGGUUAUCACCACAGAUACACUGGCUGCUGAAGUCAACAACAACAGACUUCAUGGAGGGCCCGGUCAGAACCAGAAUCAGGCCGGUACCAGCAGACCUAAAUCAGCCUCUGCCGUGCAUCUAGGUAGUCGGGGAGGAUCUCGCUUCUCAGAUCCCAAUGACUGUGACUUUUGAACAUAAACCUCACUUUGCUCUUGAAAAAAAUUUCAAAUCAAACAGUCUAAAGUUUGUGGAGACAAGUGUGGACUGGACCAUAUAAAUGUCUUAAAUUUAACCCCAGUUGUAAGCACAGUAAGAGUCUUAGUGGAUUUACAUUGAAAAGAGCUAUGCAGCCAUCUUUUAGUUUAAUGUUUGUAUGUUUCUUUUUAAGUAAGCCACUUUUUGGUUGCACUUUUUUUGCUUGAAGUUAUAAAUCAUAAUUAUUUUGACCAUUUGAAAUGGUCCCUAAUAUUAAUAGUGUAAAUGUGUACUUAAUCAUCACAUUCUCAAGGUCAUGGAAAAUCUGAAAAUGUCAGGGAAUUUUGAUUACUAAAAAAAAUCUUAAAGUAAUGGAAAUUUCAAUAGUCUAUAUUAAUUCUUAGUUAUGCUCAUCUCUAAAAUAUUUCAUUUCUCUUUGUGAGUGUAACCUCUAUAAAAUUAUAAAAAUCUUGAGAAUAUGUGGAAGCCCUGUUAUAAGAUUAUAAGAUUACUCAUUAACACUUUUUGUCAUUUGUAAGGUUACAAAGCUUUCAUUUUUUCCCAUGCAGACCUGCUGAAUAUGUUUACAUUCUAUAAUAUUUUCCUGCAGCUGUGAGAUUUAUGAGAGAAUAUUACUGAAGUUCCGUGACUGUGUUCACAGCAUCGGAUAUUGUAAGUGCUGUUGUGUGUGCAAAAUAACAGCAGGCUUCACUUUCUGAGGUCUGAAAGAAGCCAACAGACCACAAAAACAGCAAUUCAACACAUUUCACUGUGGUGGCACAAUGUAUCUCAGCAUCAGACACUCAAGACAAUAUUUAGAAAUGGUGCGACUGUACAGAGACCAAGGCGACAUCUGAUAUGAUCAAACGCAGAAGUCACACUUCUCGCUUUCUGGACAAGCUUUACUCAGAGACGCAAGACAAAGCUGCACUCGGUCAACUGACUGUUCUGGAUCCUGUUAAACUGUCUAAUGAUGCUUUGGACCUACUUGUUAUUUACUUAUUUUUCUAUGUGUGAGUGAGUGUGCCUGAGCACACAAGAUCAGUUCUCUGUGUGUUUGUUCCUGUAUCUUUGUGUCUUGUGUCUACUCGUGUGAAAGGUUUCUGUGCUGCAUGUUUGUAACUAUUCCUAUGGGGAUGUGCAUCUUCGUAUGCACUUACCUGUUCCAAUCAUUUGAUGAACAAGAAGUCAACAAAGGGCAAAGGUUUAAUCUGAUAGAAACCUGAGAAUAGUCUUUUUUCAAAGCACAGCACACAAGAGCAUUUUUUUGCUAUGCACAAAGACAUGAAGCAAGCAGCUCUGGUCUGAAAUCAAACCUUCUUAUGUUAGUAAACUGCUCUGGCAAGUCAGUGAUAAUGAAUCAGACGCUGUUAUUAUAAUCACAUUAAAAAAGUCCCAUAUUAUCCUCACCUGAACUGACUGUCGCAUGUCUUAAAUGCAUCUUAAAGAGCACAAGAAACUUUCAGCUGCGCCCCUUGUGUGUUUAUGCACACAUGUGUGCAUGUUUGUGCAUGUAUGCGUGGAUGAGUGUUUGUAUGAUGUUAUUCUCCUGUUAACACAAUCGUUGUAAUCGUAGUGUCGUGAUCAAUCAUUUUAUUACCCCUUGCUGAGACAUUUUGAAAAUUGUGAUUUGUAUAAGAAGGUGCAGACUGUAAAAGUGUAUUGUUAUUUGCAGAUUUAAAUUAAAUUAUGCUUUGCAUUUGCAUAGUCUCUGUUUAUUUACAGUGUGAUAAAAAGAUAUUUCACUGUCCUCAAGCACUUGGAAUUGCAAUAUGAUCGUUUCACCACUAGU